AUGAAAAAAGCAACAACUGACGUCACACACACGCACAAACGUUUCGUUGCUUCGAAUGACUACACUAGGGGAAUACUUCAAACGAUAGGAUUUAAAGAAUUCAAAGAUUAUCUUUUGCUCGACGAAGACGGUAGAAAAAGUGAAAAUGGUAAAAAAUUAUUCGAAAACGGUGUCGAACUUUUAAAAAUUGCGACAAAACAAUACGCGACGAGACAGAGAAGAUGGAUAAGAAAUAGAUUUUUGAAAAAUGCUCGAAGACAGGUACCGCCCAUAUACGGACUCGACGCGACGGAUUUGUCAAAAUGGAACGAAAACGUUUUGGAAAAAGCUUCGGACAUCGUCGAGUGUCAUUUGGCGGGUAGAAAAUCCGCGAUAAAACCUCUCCCGAUGGAAAAUGAAAAAAUUUCCAUCGAUAAAAGUUACCACUGUCAAGUUUGCGACAGGAUAUUCGUUGGAAAAUUACAAUGGGAAAGUCACGUGGAAACAUUUAAUUCAAAGGAAUCGGAAAUGAAUCUGGGUGUGUGUGUGUCUGGAAAAUCCUGUGGAAAAUGA